AAUCGGAAGUGACACAACUUUUAUUGCUACAAGUUGAAAAUAUUCCAAAUAAGUGUACACUCUUUGUGUUAUUUAAUAAUACUCAGCUAUGUAUUGCGGUUUGUUAAUAUUUUGCAUUUUAAAAAUGACAUGUGGACGUGAGACAUCUUUAUAUCAACAUGAAAUUCGCAGUUUAAGCGAAUUGCCAAUGGAUAAACUAAUUCAAAUAAAGUCGUCCCUUGCAAGCAACGAUGAUAUUACUAACGAAAAAAACGAGGAUAUGGACAUCUCGAGUAGAACAUUACCAAUGUUGGCAUCAUCAAUGUCUUUACCAAUGGCUUUGAAGAGAAGUAGCAAAAAGCCUAUAAGACGAUACGAGGAACACUAUGAUGAAAAGAGCAAAGACACGAAGAUCUCAAAGAUCUUUCAGUUGGCAAUAACUGCGCUCUCUUUUCUUGCAUUCGGCGGUUACCUCCUUACACUCAUUAUAACAGCGAUUCGUCGCAAUUCGUCGCCCAAUGGAAACGGAAAUGUCCUCAUAUUUUCGAACCUGCAAAGUCUACAGAAAGUAAAUCGUCCCAAACGGAAUAUUUUAAUAUUCGAUCCAAUGGAAAAUAAUUUUGAAACCGACAAACUCUACGAAGGAAUGAUUAUGCUUUCAAGAAGUUAUGCCUUGUACAACUGAUCAUAAGACAUAUUAAUUCUGUAUUUUAUAAAGAUUCGUAAUUUUUUUCAUAAUUGUAUGAGCACAAUUGAUAAUACAUAAUCAAUUUAGACAC